CCCGCGGAGAUCUGGCCACACCCCCUUUGACUCCGUAGCUCCGCCCCCGAUCAGCGCCGUAACUGAUUGGCCGGGCGCUGGAGGCCCAGCUGGCAACGCCCCCUGGAAAGCGCGCGCCGCCGCAGUAGCGAGAACCUAGCCCGCGGGGAAGGAGGAGGCAGUCGGCGGCGUGAGCUUCUGCAGCUUACUAGAGCAGAGCGGACAGCUGGUUGGCGCUCGGACCACGCUGCGGCAGCAGGUCGGUCCACGUGCUUUCGGCGGCGCCAUGGACAUGGAGGAGUCGGGGAUGCGUGAGGAAUGUGGCGUGUUUGGGUGCAUCGCUUCUGGAGAGUGGCCCACGCAGCUAGAUGUGCCGCAUGUGAUCACUGUGGGACUCCAAGGUCUGCAGCACCGGGGUCAAGAGAGCGCUGGCAUUGUGACCAGUGAUGGGAGUUCAGUGCCUACAUUCAAGGUGCAUAAGGGAAUGGGUCUUGUAAAUGACGUUUUUUCUGAAGAUAAUUUGAAGAAAUUGUAUGUCUCAAAUCUUGGAAUUGGUCAUACGAGGUACGCCACGAGGGGAAAGUGUGAGCUGGAGAGUUGCCAGCCGUUCGUUGUUGAAACUCUGCAUGGGAAAAUAGCUGUGGCCCAUAACGGUGAACUGGUAAAUGCAGCUCGGUUAAGGAAAAAGCUUCUGCGCCAUGGCAUUGGGCUUUACACAUCCUCUGAUAGUGAAAUGAUUACCCAGUUACUAGCCUACACCCCUCCCCAGGAACGAGACGAUACCCCAGACUGGGUCGCAAGAAUUAAGAACUUAAUGAAGGAAGCGCCCACUGCAUACUCUCUGCUCAUAAUGCACAGGGAUGUCAUUUAUGCAGUGCGUGAUCCAUACGGAAAUCGUCCUCUCUGCAUUGGUCGUCUUAUUCCAGCUUCUGAUAUGAAUGGCAAAGAGAAGAAAUCUUCAGAGAGUGCAGGAUGGGUGGUGUCUUCCGAGUCGGGCAACUUUCUCUCUAUUGGCGCAAGAUAUUCUCAUGAAGUCAAGCCUGGAGAAAUUGUAGAAAUAUCCAGGCACGGUGUCAGAACUCUUGAUACGAUUCCAAGGUCUGAAGGAGACCCAGUGGCGUUUUGUAUCUUUGAAUAUGUUUAUUUUGCAAGACCAGACAGUAUAUUUGAAGGCCAGAUGGUUUAUACAGUAAGGUACCGCUGUGGCCAGCAGCUGGCGAUUGAAGCGCCUGUGGAGGCAGACUUGGUUAGCACGGUUCCAGAGUCGGCUACACCUGCAGCUCUUGGGUAUGCUGCCAAGAGUGGACUGCCAUAUGUGGAGGUGCUGUGUAAAAACCGAUAUGUAGGAAGAACCUUCAUCCAGCCAAACAUGAGGUUAAGACAACUUGGUGUUGCAAAAAAAUUUGGCGUGUUGACUGACAACUUUAAAGGCAAGAGAGUGGUCCUCGUAGAUGAUUCGAUUGUGAGAGGCAAUACCAUCUCACCCAUCAUAAGACUGCUCAAAGAGUCCGGGGCAAAGGAGGUGCACAUUCGAGUCGCUUCCCCACCAAUAAAAUAUCCUUGCUUCAUGGGAAUAAAUAUACCCACUAAAGAAGAGCUGAUAGCCAAUAAACCAGAAUUUGAUCAUCUUGCAGAAUACCUCGGAGCAAACAGUGUUAAGUAUCUGUCGGUGGAAGGACUGGUUUCCUCUGUGCAACAAGACAUCAAAUUCGAGAAGCAGAAAGCGAAAAGACAUGAUAUUACAGUUCAAGAAAAUGGCAAUGGGCUGGAAUGUUUUGAGAAGACGGGACACUGUACAGCCUGCCUCACCGGGCAGUACCCUGUGGAACUGGAAUGGUAGCUGCCUGGAUGGAGUGUCUUGAGACUGAACUUGAUCAAGAAAUGGUUUAUAUACUAUCUGUUAAUACUCAGUUGGUACAAAAGAGAUACCACCUGCUUGUGUGUGUACCCUUAUAAGCUCUGAGAAUUCCUGAGGUUACUAAAUUGCUAUAAUUGAAUCAUGAUGCUUACAUGUAAUACGACAUGUGCAGAUUUUUUUUUUAUACAAGGAUUGACUUCUCACCUAGGAGAAGGCAGGAGGUGAAUGGUAUUUCCCAGGCCCAUGCUUGCAGGGUUUGCAAGAGGUUAGAUUAGGGAUGUGUAAUAUACACAGGACAAGGGGCUUUAUAAUGUUCAGGAAAAAUCUGAAUUCCUUGUGCCCCAGAGAGAUCUAAUCUGUAGUCCAGUCUGUAGGUGUGGCUGCCCCCUCCUCAGCACACGCAUCUGUGGUUCUGGGGAUCAAUGGACAACUCAAAACAAAAACAAAAAGGAAAGAAAUAAAAACUACUUGAGAAGCUGAGGCAGGGGAUUCUUGGGUUCAAAGACAAUCUGGGUUUUCUGCCUGAAGAUUAAAAGUGUCUUUCUGUGCCUCGGGGCCCCCAUUUAUUUAAUGCAUCUAAUACACAGUAGGAACGUGAAUACACGCCAUACAUAGGUGUUUAGAGGUAUCAUUUUACCCUUAUGUUUUAAUAGCGCAUGAAGUUUUCACUUUCAUUAGGAUGGAGGGAAAUGUUCAGAUUUGCAGACCUCUGCCAUCUCUUUUGGAAGCAGAAUGAUUGAAAAAUGUAUCUGAGGCCUUCUUUCUCCUACACUUGGACUCGAAGAUAUGAUCGAUGACAUCUAGUACCUUAGGAUACAAGCCUAGCAAAUAACUUAGUACAUUGGAAGUAGAAAACAAAAAUUUGAAUUCCAAGCAAGCCUUUGUCCUUAAUUUGAUUAGAUUUGGCUAUCUGAAUUGAGUGCUUGAUAGUUUACAGUCAUGCAUUCUUGUAUACAUAGGAUUGAAAUUUUGAGCAAAUAGAAACGUACUAGGGGCUGAUUUUGUUUAAUGGCUAAGACAGCUACUGUUAGGGAAUUAUUUGCCUGUACCCAAGUGUCAGUCAGCUCAUAACCAUGUCUUUUCUGCUUUGUUUUGUUAGUUCUACUGAGAUUUUAGUUUUAAUUAUUUUAUGAUGCAGAUUUAGAGGGUUGUGGUGAUUUGUUUACUAACUCAUAUUUGUGUAAGAGUUUUCACGUGCAAAAACAUUUAUUUCUAUAUUGUUGCCAAAAUUGCUGUAUAGUUUCCCAACCCAUUUAGGAACAUAGUAUUUAUUAAUAACUGAAAUUAUUAGUCUGCAUUUGGUAUAUAGUCUCACGAGUUACAGAAUAGCAGUCAAGAUAAACUGUUAGUACUUUAAGGUCAUGUGCUUUGGUGUCUGAAGUGCUUCUGUGACAGCUGCAGGCAGAUUGACAUUGUAUAGCCCUAGGGCGUUUCAGUGGGCGGAGCUUUGUAUAUUAAAUGCAUUACUCAUUGUGGGCUGGAGGGUAAGCCUUUAGGUCAGUUUUAAAAUGGCCUUAUUUAAAUUCGAUGUUUUGAAAAGAAACUCAGGGAAAGUAUUAAAACCAAAAUCUCUAAUUUGACUUUGUAUUUUCCAUAGUUUUUAUUUUGUUUUAUUGGGAUACUUUUAUAAAGGGAAAUGAUGUUGUGGUCGUUUGAUAAUUGUACAACUUUCUUAAUUAUUUCUUCAUUGUAACCUUUUAUUUCACAAGUUUCUGAAUAUGAAUUAAAUUAACAUUUUUCUACCAGUUUCAAGCCUUCUUUUAUCUGCUUUAAAUGUAUAUAACUAGAGUAUAGUAUGCUGAAAAAUAUGAAAAAUGUGUUUGAACACAGUUGAAGUCAACACCUAAUGUAAGCCUUUUUUAAAAACCUUUUUGUGACCUUUUUUGGUAACAAAUAUAUGUCAUAAGUAUGUUUACAUGUGUGCUUUUUAAAAAUAGUGGUCAUUGC